GGAACCUCGCGACGGGCGGCGGCAGACUCUCUCCCAUGAGCCUCCGCGCCGCCCGCGAGCACUCGCGCUCUCUCUCGGCGCGGGCUGGGCAUCUGGUUGACCAUGCGGCGCCUGGGCUCGGUGCAGCGCAAGCUGCCGUGUGCGUUUGUGACCCAGGUGACCGAGGAGCCCUCCGCCAAAAGGGAGCACCAGCCGUAUAAAGUUUUGGCAACUGAAAUUAUAAGUCACAAGGCAUUAGAUGCAGAUAUAUACAGUGCAAUCCCAACAGAAAAAGUGGAUGGAACAUGUUGUUAUGUUACUACCUACAAAGGUCAACCAUAUCUUUGGGCUCGACUCGAUAGAAAGCCUAACAAAGUAGCUGAGAAAAGAUUUAAAAAUUUUCUCCAUUCAAAACAAAAUCCAAAAGAUUUCUUUUGGAAUGUUGAGGAAGACUUCAAGCCUGUUCCAGAGUGUUGGAUACCAGCGAAGGAAAUCGAACAAUUAAAUGGGAAUCCGGUGCCAGAUGAAAAUGGGCACAUUCCUGGUUGGGUACCUGUGGAGAAGAACAACAAACAGUAUUGCUGGCAUUCCUCUGUAGUUAAUUAUGAGUUGGAAAUUGCCCUGGUACUGAAGCUUCAUGCUGAUGAUCCUGGUCUUUUGGAAAUCAGUGCAGUACCACUCACAGACCUCUUAGAACAAACACUGGAACUUAUAGGAACAAAUAUUAAUGGAAACCCAUAUGGAUUAGGAAGCAAGAAGCAUCCAUUGCAUCUUCUUACGCCACACGGCGCAUUCCAGAUAAGGAGCCUACCCACUGUGCGGCACAGUGAAUUGCUGUCUUGGUUUGAAGGCUGCAGAGAGGGCAAAAUUGAAGGGAUAGUUUGGCAUUGCAACGAUGGCUGUUUAAUCAAGGUCCAUCGCCAUCACCUUGGCUUACGCUGGCCAAUUCCAGACCCUUACAUGAAUUCAAAACCAGUUCUUGUCAACAUGAACCUGAACAAAUGUGGCAUUACAUUUGAUACUAGGUGUUUGUUUAAUCAUUUUUCAAAAAUAGAUAAUCAGAAAUUUAGCAGGCUUAAAGAUAUAAUAAUUGAAGUAUAAACUAGAAAUGUAAAGUCAA